ACAAGGGGCAGCCUAAAUAAGACUGCUGCACGGGUGGUAUCCAGGUAUCGGCAAAGCAGAGUUUUAAAUAGACAGAAGAAAGACAACACUACCUUUGGUAUCAACUGCAGGUGUCAGCCCAAAUGCGUAGUGAAUAUCAUUAAAGAAUUCGAUGAUAGGAAGAAGGAGUUGAUUGGUGAAGUUGGGUUUGAUGGACUUUUGGAUAUCAAGCUUACUAAGGUAAACAGGCAGUUUGGUGCAUGGCUACUGAGCAAAGUUGAUCCGAAAUCAUGCGCUAUUGUUAAAGAUGUCAACCAGGAGUUGCCAUUCGGUCCUAAUGAUGUGAAUGCAGUUUUUGGCUUGCCAUGCUCAGGUCAACCUAUUAUCCCUUGCUCUCAAGAUGAAUUGGAUGGGAAGAAACAAAUAUUGUGCGAAAUAUUUGAGAUACCAAACUUUUCACACCUGAAAAUAUCACUCUUAGAGAGAAUCCUAAAGAAGCAGUAUGGUUAUCCCAUGACAAUAGAUGAAAAGAGGGUUUUCAUGGCAGCUUUUGUGCUUUAUGUCACAACGAAGCUUUUGGCACCGCAAUCCUGCGCAAACUUCAUAUCUCCUAGGUAUAUUAUGGCUGUUUCUGAUGUUGACAAUAUAAAACAGUACAACUGGUCCCAAUUCGUUGUAGAUGAGGUGAAGAAAGCAGCAGAAUCAAUGCCCACCUGCUUUCCGAAUAAGGCUCAACUAUCCAUUAACGGGUGUAUCAUCUUUCUAAUGGUAAAAUAUUUGAGAAAUCUCCAGUUCCGGAAGGUUGGGAUCACAUGUGUUAAAACAUGUCACAUUUCUCAGUUUGAGGAUGAUCAAAUUGCUAGGAUGAUUCAACAAGAUGUAGUUAGUAAACAUAACCCAGGAUUCCCCUUCCCUCGUUAUGGGAAACUCCAGUUGAUGAAGGAACCAAGAGAAAACAACCCCCAUAUGUACGCGCUAGCUGGUGAGGAAUUUUGGGAAGCUAGCCAUCAACUUGCACACUUCUCGGGCCCAGAGGUAGUAUAUGAUGUUUCAGAAAGCCACCUGAUACUGAUUCCUGUUCACCUAUUCAAUCAUUACGUGCUGUACGUAUUUAACAUGGAGAGCAAGAAGUUAUCGGUGCUUGAUUCACUAAACACAGAAGAUCCACUAGGGGAAUCACGUUUCACCAGGCAUGACAAGAUAAAGAUCAUGGUGUCACAGUGUGUAAUGGAAUGCAUGCGUCUUGCAUCUCCAGGGUGGAACAUGGACAUACUUAAUUGGGACUUUGAGACAGUUGAAAAUAUACCAGAGCAGCAGAACGGGUGA